CAUCUGCAGGUAUCCCGCCGCAAGCACAGCAAUCCUAACGAGUCAUGUACCAUCCUGCGGUGGAGCCAGCCCUUACCGUCCCUGGCACAUGCGGGCUGGGUAGUUGGGACUGAGUCAUGACGACACCUGGUGGCAUCCUUUGCCACAUCUAGGUACAGUGUAACCGUCUUUCAGAACCCGUCACGUAUAAAGGGAAGACAAAGGCCGUCGGGAUUCUGCAGCAAACAGCUCUCUCGCCUCUCGCGUAUCCAGCUCUUGCAAACCUCCACAAUGUUCUCCAAGCUCACUGUCUUCGCCACGCUUGCCCUCCCUCUUCUUGCGGCCGCCACACCCACUGCCAGGAAUUCGCAGCCCACCACGGCGUGCUGUGACAGCACCGAGUCUGCCAACUCUGCGGCGGGUGCUGCCAUCCUCGCCGGGCUGGGCGUCGUCGUGCAGGACGUGACCGGUCUCAUUGGCCUGGACUGCAGCCCGAUCACCGCCGUGGGUGUCGGGGACGGCAAUGCAUGCAGCAGCCAGACUGUCUCCUGCUCUAAUGGUAUCAUCGGCGGCAUUGGCAUUGGCUGCGCCCCCAUUACCCUCUAA